CGCCUUUCCCCGAUGUUGGCGGCAGGAGUCGUCUCUUCUUGUGUGCGUGUUGUCAGGUGUAGCAGGAGGAGGAAGUUACCUGCCGGCUCCGUCACACUGAUCCCGCAGAGAGCGCACCGCGUCACGCAGCACGGGGACACAGCCCACUGACCUGAGAGAGGCCAGCUCUGGGAAUUGUGGGAGGUGAAGUCUAGUCUCACUAUGUUGUCUUCCUUCCAAGGGAAGCUGGAGCGAAAUGGAGAGGCUAAGAAGUCAGUGGUCUGUAUUGAGGGGAACAUUGCCAGUGGGAAAACUACAUGUCUGAAUUACUUCAGCCAAACCGGCAACAUAGAGGUCCUAACAGAACCCAUCUCAAAAUGGAGGAAUGUCCGUGGCCACAACCCUCUGGGUCUUAUGUACCAGGAUCCUGAGCGCUGGGGCAUCACAUUGCAGACAUAUGUUCAACUCACCAUGCUGGAUAGACACCUGUCACCUAUCUCAGCUCCUGUCAGGAUGAUGGAAAGAUCCAUCUUCAGUGCCAAAUACAUCUUCGUGGAGAAUCUCUUCAGAAGUGGGAAAAUGCCUGAGGUGGACUUUGCAGUUCUCAGCGAGUGGUUUGAUUGGAUCACAACAAACAUAUACCUUCCCGUUGAUCUGAUUGUGUACCUGCAGACGACUCCUCAGAAAUGUCAUGAGAGGCUGAAGCAGAGGUGCAGAGAAGAGGAGAAGGUCAUUCCAUUGGAGUAUCUUGAGUCCAUUCACCAGCUGUAUGAGGACUGGCUCAUCAAGCGCACCUCCUCCCCUCUUCCUGCUCCUGUUUUGGUUAUUCCAGCUGACCAUGACCUCAAUGAGAUGCUGCACCAGUAUGAAGAAAACCGUGACAAAAUACUACCUGCUGGCUACCUGUGAAACACACACACGCACACGCACAUGCACACGCACACGCACACGCACACACACACACACAAAGACGCAAACAGCAAAGGGAGCUUUGGAAGAGGAUGUGAAACCUCUAUUAUAAAACUGAUCUGUUCAAUUACUGAAGGUUUUUUUCACAAGCAGCUCAAUCGCUUAGAUUUGAGGUUUUAGCAAUAACACAAGUUAUUUAUUUACAUGUGUAGUCAAUCACAUUUAAUUUACUUCUUAACGGUUAUGUUAAAAUGCUUAUUUAAUGUGAUCUCUCGCCUACAGGGCAAGAAAAGUCAAAUAUUCCUUCUGUCAUUUUAAACAUUAACGGAGUCAUUCCAAAUCCCGGGCAGUUUCUUUUCCAGAUGUUAAUCAUUUGUUUGUAUUUAUUUCACUAUUUGUUGUUAUGUACUCAAAGUCAGACCACAGGAUGUGAUCACAAGGGGACCUCAAGUACAUUAGUGUUUGAUUUUUGGAUGUAAUAACUUGUCAUAUAGCUGGAGCAUCGGUUACAACAACAACUCCUCAUACAACAGAAUAUACUGUACGUGUAGAUGUACUGCAACGGGAUUUUACUGAAGAUUGACUUGAAUAAUGAAAUGUUUCUCUGUAACUCCCUUUUAAUGAACGGAAGCUUUGUUCUCUUUGUUGUUGCUUGCUUCAUUAAUAAGAACAUUUUGUUAUCCUAA